UCACGUGUCAAACCAGGACUUCCGUGAAGUCUCAACCAAUACAUCUUUCCGCAAGAUCAUCCACAAUUCACUUGCUUGUUGGAAUUACAGAAAGAUCCAUACUUUUCCUGCCAGUUAUACUACAUUUUAUUCUGAAUAAGGGAGCCUGAUCUGAGCGCCCGCACUAAAAUUGGUGAGGAAAUACUGGUAGACAUGGCAUCUAAUCCGCCACCAACAGUUGAAAUCUCGAUAUCGGAAAUCGAAAGGUUCCAGAAACUGAAGGAAGUAUUUAUAUCAAAGUAUUUAUCUCCUCCUGACUUUUUUGUUCGUGCACCUGGACGAGUCAACUUGAUUGGUGAGCACAUUGAUUAUUGUGGAUAUGCUGUGCUUCCAAUGGCUAUAGAACAGGAUAUAGUGGCUGCAGUUGCAUCUGUGAAAACCCAAGUUCUUCAGCUGGUUAAUGCAGAUCCACGGUACAGGGAUUUCAGUACAAAUAUUAAUGAUAUUCAUAUCGACAACUCCAAACCUGCAUGGCAUAAUUAUUUUCUCUGUGGCAUUAAAGGGAUUCAGGAACAUUUUAAACUCACCAAUUUGAAUGGAAUAAACUGUGCAGUGGAUGGGACCAUCCCAGCAAGCUCUGGUCUGUCAAGUUCCAGUGCCUUGGUGUGUUGUGCAGGACUGGCUAGUCUUACAGCCUUUAAGAAGACGCUUUCAAAGUUGGAACUCGCAGAUAUAUGUGCAAGAUGUGAGCAUUAUGUUGGCACAGAAGGAGGAGGCAUGGACCAGUCCAUCUCAUUUCUUGCAGAAGAAGGAACUGCCAAGUUGAUAGAGUUCAAUCCUUUGAGGGUGACAGAUGUAAAACUUCCAGAUGGAGCUGUUUUUGUGAUUGCUAACAGUUGUGUGGAAAUGAACAAAGCUGCAACUUCACAUUUUAAUGUCCGGGUGAUGGAAUGUCGGUUGGCUGCAAAGAUUCUAGCUAAAUCUAAAGGACUGAAUUGGAAGCAGUUGCUAAAACUGGGGGAUAUUCAGGUUGAGCUGAAGGUCAGUUUGAAGGAAAUGCAGAAGAUUGUGGAGGAAGUGCUUCACCCUGAGCCGUAUGGCAGAGAUGAAAUUUGUCAGUUCUUAAGAAUUAGCUUGGAGGAGCUUCGCAGCACCAUUCUUAGUCAAAACACACAAGACGUUACCUCCUUUAAACUGUACCAGCGUGCUAUGCAUGUUUAUAGUGAAGCUGCAAGAGUACUACAAUUCCAGAAGAUCUGUGCUGAAGUGCCAAGUGAUGCGAUCCAGCUGUUAGGCAAUCUGAUGAACCAGAGUCACACAAGUUGCAGAGACAUGUAUGAAUGCAGCUGCCCAGAACUAGAUCAACUAGUUGACAUCUGUCUGUUUAUAUGUUCAGAUGUCAUGGUUACAAGCUACACCGGACAUCAGGAAGCUUGGGGUAGUCACCAAUGGGUGUGGAAGAAUCGUGCCGUUGUACACAUAGACACCAGUAACCUGUGGGAGGAAGUGGCUGAGGUGAUAGUAGGCAGGGUUAGUGAGGUAGCAGAGAUGUGCCAGGACAGGGGAUUGAAAGUGAAAUUCUCAAAGGUGUUACAUGUGCCAGCAGACAGCAUUCUGGUAGAAGACUUACAAACAGGGAUGCUACAAAGUUGGGUGGGGAUUGUUAUUAAAGAAACAUUAGCCAGUGACAGAGUGGUGGGUCAAGGAGGAAAUGGAUUUAGCUUUUUCAGGAAAGACAGAUCAUGCAGGGCUAAAGGCAACUAG